UUAGCACGCGGCUGAUAAUGCGCUGAUGAUGUCUUGAAUCUUAGCAUUUAUUAGUACGAUUGCCAAAGCACUUUGUGCUACUGAAGAAGUGCUUAAUUUUUCUCUCAUCUUUCUGUCAAGCUAUUGUUAACUGCUUAUCACUGACCCGCUUUACAUAUUCUGUAUACUUACUCCACGCUUAAUUGUCACUUUGCGAAAACGCGGUUUAGACUGUUUGUUUAGCACGUGAAGGGAAGCAAAAGCAAGCAUGUCUGAAUCUCCGCGCUCUCACAGCUUUCAAACACCUCGCGAGUAUUAUUCGAGCUUUACGAAGAAUCCGAAAAUCCAGGAUAGCUUCGAUAACAUUGAUGAUGGUACGAAUUUCAGGAAUUACUUGAGACACCUGCAGAAUCCAGGGACGCGCAACUUUGUGCUGGACUUUGGCAAUGAUGAUGCGUGGUGCGCGGUGAACAUGGAGAAUGGCGAUCUCGCAGCCUUGCUCCAACAGCAGAAACCUGGGUUCUUUGGGACUCGAUGGAUAAAUAUAUGGGCCCCCGAGGAGCAGAAGGACAUAAUCAGGACAAUCACAAGCCACUAUGGAGUCUCAGAGCGGUUGCGGGGAAUGAUGUGUACAGAACCAGUGGGACGUCCAUCCAAACCUGCCGCCAAUGCCGACCCUUCUAAACCCCAAUCUCCAUCGGUCGAAAUGGUCGAUCCAUCCCCCCGUGUUCGCAUGGAUGACCUCGAAGAGGCGCAGGCGAUGAAGGACUUGGCCACGCAAACCCAGGCCCAGACGGCUGCGUCGUUCAGAGGCCUUACCUUUGCCCAUGUGACGAACCAGAUCUGGCAUUUUUGCUCCGUCGACCAUGGACCGCGUUAUACCUGUCUCGGGUUCAACUCCCUGUACGUCGUUCCGAACGUUGAGAUACAAAAUGAGAAGUUCCUCCCAGACGGAAAACGAUUAUGGUCGUGGUUGAUUCUAUUCAAUGAUGGGACUGUCGUGUCGAUCCAGGAGAAUCCGUAUCCUGGGGCGUCCAAGCCGUCGGAAAACGAGCUGAGGUCUGUCCUUGGGAUAGUCCGCCGAAACGUGCAGUUUAUUUUUGCUGGGGUUUCUAAACAACACUCUGCCCUAUCGGAGAGCGACUCGUUAGUGACUAUCCGAGUGCGACACUUCCGCGACGCAGGGCCAGACGACGCAAGCAUCAGGCAGGACGACGGGCCGAGCCUGCUUUUUUUCUAUAUCUUUGACGAUUGGCCCACGAGCUACGCCCUCGUUGCGAAGCGGGAGCAUAGAUAUGGAGUUGUUCUCGACAAGUUGAGACGAGAUAUGCUUACCAAGCCUGCUAUUGAUUUGGUAAACGAACUGCACACGUUGGGCCGACAACUGGGCGUCUUGAAACGCCUAUACCAGAGCUACGAACUGAUCAUGCUGCGUAUUCUGCAACAACAGCGUACCCUCCGUGACGAGGCUCGCUCGAACCCUCCUCAACCCUUGACAGCGCAUAUCAAUGGAGCUCCCCAGACGGCGGAUGCCCAACACCAGACACUGCCAUAUAGCCCCAGUUUCCCAAUUCUGUCAGACCACAGCGUUGGUGUGCGACUGAGUCCAGCUGCUGUGACGCGUUUCGAACGACUGCUCGACCGUAUCAAGUUGUACUGCCUCUCGGAGCUCGAAACGUGCCUCACGGAGAAGGAAUCCAUGACAUUUCUUAACUUCAACUUGAUCGCCCUGAAAGAUUCGCAGGCCGUCGAAAAGCUGACCCGCAUCACGAUCCUCCUGGCCAAGGUGACGAUCCUCUUCCUGCCAGUUAGUCUGAUGACCGGGUAUUUCUCGACCGAGUUAGCGAAUGUAAAGGGGGUCUACACCGUCGCCCAGUACUGGGUGGCCUUUGCGGUGAUCAUGGUCCUGUCCAUCUUGGUUCUGGUCAUGUUCGGAUACAUGAGCGACACCAUUGAAGGUAAACCCAUCUACCAGUCGUUCUGGCAGACAUUCUUCCGGUCUUCGAAACACCGACUACGCGCUCGACAAGAAGACGAAGACUUGCGAUUGCACUGAAAUUCCAAGUCGUCUGGUGAUGACUUGAUAUGUUCAACUGAUGUUAAAUGCGUGACGGAUUAUGAAGGAUGAGAAGAACGAUAAUACUCGCAGUAUAUCCAUAGCUCAGCGGAGUCUAACAAUGCAAGAAGCAACCAACGUGGCCCUUUACCGAACUAGGUAGAUGAAACAAUCCCAUUCAAGAGUUGAUUAUCAUCUGAACCAUGGGCCUUAUAUGCUGAGUCACUCCCGCGGCGACAGGAGUGGACACCGAGACCGAGACCGAGACCAACCAUCUGAUUAGCGUUAGG